GUAAUUCGUGAUUUUAUCGGCCCCGUAUGAAUUAUUUGCUAUUAUAUUCAUUAAUCAGUGUUUGAAUAUUUUAUAAACUUGUGAGAUAUCCAAAAACAUUCACACACGUGUACUUACAUGGUGAAAACUUAAACAUGUGAAAAUUACAAAAUCCACAUCAAAGCUUAGUCGGUGAUUGCUAUUAUCGUGCUGCAUAAUAGCGAAGAAAGUAGGAGAAAGGAAUAAAAACCGGCACGAGUUUAUUUUGGUAUCGAUCGACGAGGUUAUGUACGAGCAAGACAAUUGGUGCGUUGGUAAGCAGUUGCCGCUACUAAGCCGAUAAUUUUGUUGUAGUUGCCGAAUUAGCAACAACAAUGCCGCAGAACGAGUACAUUGAACGUCAUCAAAAGCUUUACGGUAGGAGACUUGACUAUGAGGAGCGCAAGAGAAAACGCGAGGCGCGCGAGCCGCACAAACGCGCUGAGAAGGCUCGAAAAUUACGUGGUAUUAAGGCUAAAAUCUUCAACAAGGAGCGCCGCAAUGAAAAAAUUCAGAUGAAAAAGAAAAUCAAAGCACACGAGGAAAGAAAUGUCAAACAAAACACAGAAAAGGUUUCCGAAGGAGCUGUGCCCGUAUAUCUUCUCGACAGAGAUGUACAAUCACGCGCUAAAGUACUAUCGAACAUGAUCAAACAGAAACGGAAGGAAAAAGCCGGUAAAUGGGACGUACCAAUACCAAAAGUUAGAGCACAGGCUGAUGCGGAAGUCUUUAAGGUUCUCAAGUCUGGUAAAUCAAAGCGCAAAGCAUGGAAACGUAUGGUCACUAAAGUCACAUUUGUAGGAGAGAACUUUACACGAAAGCCUCCAAAGUUUGAAAGAUUCAUUAGACCCAUGGCACUACGGUUUAAGAAGGCACAUGUGACACAUCCAGAAUUAAAAGCUACAUUCUGUUUACCAAUUAUUGGAGUAAAGAAAAACCCUAGUUCUCAGAUGUAUACGAGUCUGGGGGUCAUUACCAAGGGUACUGUUAUCGAAGUGAAUAUAUCUGAGCUCGGAUUGGUGACACAAGCUGGGAAAGUUGUAUGGGGAAAGUAUGCUCAAGUAACGAACAACCCGGAGAACGAUGGCUGCAUUAAUGCUGUACUUUUGGUUUAAAUUUAUUACUGCUGUAUUGUUUAAUGAUGAUGUAUAAUAAAACCUGUUGCAAAUCUGUAAUGUUUUAUUUUUU